GACCAAUAUGACAUCAUCGACAAGCACACGCAAUCCGGCCUGGAACUGGUAGAGAAGUAUGUCAAGUUUGUGAAGGAGAGGACGGAGAUAGAGCAGAACUAUGCCAAGCAGCUGAGGUAGGCCUCAUUUCUCAUGGUUCCUCAUUCCUCGGGCCUCAUUCCUGCAUGUGUGCCCACAGCAGUUGAUGUGUGUGCUCAAAAGCUGUUUUAUGAAAUGUAUGCUGUUUUAUGAAACGUAUGUGGUGUCUUAUGACUAGUUUGGGGCAGAAUUGAACUUGUCUCCUCCUGUUGGCAUUGCCCCAGCCCACACAGUCCCAGAAACACUGCCCUCAUUCUCAAGCUUGGGCCUGCACUGCUGCCUCCCUUACUCUCUAUUCCUCACUCUCACCCCGAGUGUCUGUCAGUAUCUGCUGCUGAGCUCUGGUGGAGAGGAGAGGAAGUGGGAGCAGACUGGCACAUGAUCGGACAGGAUGUGGUCAGAGUGAGCUCUAGUGAAAGAAGGAAGAAUAGGAGAAGUGGAUCUGUUUUAACAUGGAUGUUCUUCUUGACUAGUUUUGCAUUGGCUUUCCCUUAAAGGGGCAGUGCAGUCAAAGACGUGAUUUUUUUAUAUAUAUAUAUAUAUCCACACUGAGGUUGGAAUAAUACAGUGAAAUUGUGAAAAUUAUGAUAAUGCACUUUUAGUGUAAGAGCUGCCUGAAAUUUCAGCUUGUUUGGCUGCGUGUUUUUUGUUGUUGUUGACCUAUACGUUAAUAAUAGGCCAAUAACAGCUAGCUUUCAGGUUACACAUCCUUCCCAUUAGGCUCGUCUCUCAGACCACUCGCAGUCUUAGCAAAAUUCUUUUUUGAGAAAUAUAUUUUUUCAAAUAAGCUAUUUUUGAUUAAAAACAAUUACAGUGAGGUAAUUAAUUGUUGCCCAGAAAUGAUUUGAGACAAAAACAGCAAAAAUGAAAGAUCAACUGUGCUAGUGGACUGGGCCAGUCUUGCCUACAAGAAGCAAAUACUAUUUGUGUGUAUUGUUUUUUAGAGGAAUGGAUUGAUUUUUAAGUCGAAUAAUUUCUAUUAAACGCAAACCAAUUUAGGUCAGUAGAACUUGUUCAUUGAGAUUUUAAUAGACUCCCUAAUUUGAUGCAUUCUGUUUUCCUAUCAUUUAGGAUAAUUAAGUUAGAAUAUGUCAAAAGCACAGAUGCAAUCUUCCAGACUACUUACCAUAUCUUUCCCCCUCUCCUAAUAUUGACAGAAAUCUAACAAAGAAAUACAAUCCUAAACGAGGCAGUAAAGAGGAACAGGAAUGCAGGUGAGCUAUUGUGUGCUUUUGUGUGUGUGUGAAUGAAUGUGCGUGUGCAUAAAAUAAAUGUGCUGUAUUUUUACCUGCCCAGGCCAGCUGUGAUCUUCAACAUGACUUUCAGUUCCUAAUCAGACAUAGAGAAGGAAAACAAAGCUUGACUAAAAUAAUACACCAACAAUACAUGACGUAAUUUCAAUGACGUGUUUUCAAACUGCUUUCCUGUCUGUAGUACUGUAGUUGGAGAGGCUAUGCCAGCACCUGCAGAGCAAUGCAAAUGACUGCUACUAUACCCCCUGAGAGGGAAACGGGAGUAAGGAAGUAAUGGACCUAUCAUUACCUGGCUAACACAGCUAUUUAAGCAACAGUGUAUGUAACUUCCUGUCAAUGCCCAAAUCCAUUAUAGAUCUCAUCUCUUCUGUAUCCUUCCCCUCCCACCCUCCCUCCCUCUCUCCUCCCUCCCUACCUCCCUCCCUCCCUCCCUCCUCUUUACUCACCACCCUCUUCCAUAGGUUCUCCAACCACCAGUCCUUCCUGGACAUCCUGAAUGAGAUGAACGACUACGCAGGACAGAGGGAGCUGAUUGCUGAGAACAUGAUGAUGAACAUCUGCAUCGAACUCACCAAGUACCUGCAGGAGCUCAAGAUGGAGCGCAAGACGGUGAGAGAGUGAAAACAUCCACACUGAGAGGGAAGGAUGGAAGAGUUCAAAACUCUUAGAAUAUUAUAGUGAGGGUGAGUGAAGAUGGGAGGGAGCUAGGGAAAAGGAGGGAGAGUCAGAAGGAGACAGGAAGGAGGAGCAGAGAUUUGUAGGUUCCCCUGUUAUGGCAGGAAGGAAGCCUUACUUGGGUUGUCUCGUAGGGGGUGGUCACAUUAGUGUUGUAUCAUCCUCUGAAAGGAGAGGAAUGCCUUGGCCCAACCCCAAUGGAAUAUAGAAACACUAUAAAGUCUCCCAGUAGACAUGAUCCACAGACAGACAGACUGCUAUUUGUUUACCAUCUGUUUUGUUCAGUGGUUUUUGGUGGCCAUUGUUUAUUCUGUACCCAAUGCCCAUGGCCCUGUCUAAGUAGGGACCGUCAUGUCAUCCUAGUGUUCUCUGUGUCUCAUGUGUCCUCUCUCUGUUUGUCUGUUUUCAGCAUCUGUCGGAGGCCAAGAAAGCCCAGCAGAGUUUGGAGAGCACCUAUAAGCAGCUCGACAGUGUAAGUUUGUUUACAUGUCGGGCCGUCUGCCAAUAACAUCCCUCUUCCAAAGGUAAAAUCUACGUUGUUGGUAGAAUACUAAUGUAUACAUCCUCUCUAUACAGUAGGCCUAUACUUUGCUUGUCAGUGAACAACUUGUCUGUUUAUUAUUUCUGUUCAGUCAAAGGGCAAUGUUUUGUCCAGUCACUGUCCUCCAUUGUCUAUAGUUGUGAAAGAGGUCAAAUGUUUCUGAAUGCACUCUCAUAUUGUCUGCUUUUUGUCUACUGUGAGUGUGGUCAUUGUUACAUCAGUGAAAGGGACGUUUGUUGACUAGUUGUGAGCGCAUGCAUGUGUGUAUGGUGACUCAGGUGAACAGUAUUUGUGAUGUAUACAGUAAAAAGAGAUGAAGAGCUCCUUUUAAAGCAGGGGUAGGGAACCAAAACGCGACCAGAAACCAGCAGCACUCCAGCCCAUCGCUCUUCACUGUAUGGGUCAGCACCACUGGCCUAAACCACUGCUGUUCCAGCCCCCUUCAGUAAAGAGUCAGGUGCUAGUGGGCCUAGGGCAAGUGUUCACUACCCUUGGGUGAAGCAGAGGUCCCUCUUGUACACAAUAGGAGAGACUAUUCUAUUCCAUUCAAACAAUGCCCACAGAGCACAGUAUUGGGUUAGGUAAGAUCAACAUGGAGGUGUUUCUGUCUCUCUGUUUAGAGUAAGAAACGUUUUGAGAGGGAGUGGCGGGAAGCGGACAAAGCUGCUCAGUAUGCCGAGAAAACUGACCAGGACAUCAACGCCACAAAGGCCGACGUCGAGAAGGUAGUAGGACACCAACACAGAAUAAAAAGAACACUGAUUUUCAUUUUCCGUUGCCCUACUGAACACAUCCCAGCUGUCCUACUUGUCCUGCUUCCCCUUAAACAGUGGAAUGUGAGCCACCAGACUGACCUGUGUGUGACCUGUGUGUUUUGUUACUUGUGUCCAGGCCAAACAGCAGGCCAACAUGAGGACACACAUAGCGGAGGAGUGUAAGAACGACUACGCAGCCCAGCUGCAGAAAUACAACAAGGAGCAGAGCCAGUUCUACUUCAGCGACAUGCCUCUCAUCUUCAACGUAAGGCAGAGCCUCUCACCCAUCCAUCCUGACCUUAGCCUAGAUUUCCUUCCUUAUGCUGGAACUAUUUUGAAUACUAACAUUUGGUUCAACAGACAUUAAAAACAUAGCUGACCUUUGAGGUUGUUAUACUUUAAUCAGGCACCCUGACAUGGCAGACCUGAGUGAGUGACGCCCUGUCCUGUAUGUGCCUCCUCUCCCUAUAGAAACUCCAGGACAUGGAUGAGAGGCGGGUGAGGAAGCUGGCGCAGGGCUACGUCUUGUUCUCAGACACAGAGAAGCACGUGAUACCCAUUAUCGGGAAGUGUCUGGAGGGCGUCGCUAAAGCAGGCACUAAUGUCAAUGAGAGGAAUGUGAGUCGGCCAUACUGUACUGCAUGUAUACAAAACAAACCCAGACGUAAUGUACAUAGAUACAUGUGGUCCGAUGAAGGUUGACAGAAUGUGAGGGAAAUAGGUAUUAAACACAAAUGCUUUGAAACAUUUUGGUAUUGUUGGUCUGUGUUUCACUGUCAUAAUGUAACCUACUAUCCCUGCAGGACUCCAUAGCUCUUAUAGAGCAGUACAAGUCAGGCUUUGAGCGUCCUGGGGACCUGGACUUUGAGGACUACAGUCAGGGCAUCAACCGUGCCUCCUCAGACAGCAGCCUGGGCACCCUCGGUACCCCCAAAGGCCCCCUGGAGCUGCUGGGCAAGAACAGGAGCAAACCAUUCUGGCUGUUCAGCAAGAAGAGUAAGGUAGGCUGCUAGUACCACCUCUCCUCCUCACAGACACAAUGACAGACUAGUUUACACCCCUGGUACAUCCCACUCCCAUGACUCAGUUCUGACUAGCUGAGUAACUUUCUGAAUUAGGAAUAGACAUUAUUAUCCUAAUCUACAAUUCAUGCCCAAAUCAGGUUAUUUCCGUCUUCUAUGAAUGACUAGUCCCCCGAGUGGAUUUAUUAGUGUAUGAAAUGAUCAGUGCUCCAAGGUGCAGUUAGAUCAACCAUGAGCAGUGUGUCAGUGUUAAGGCAGAGGGGCUGAAUCAGGGAGACAGAGUCUGGGAACUUCCCUCUGGGGACCACCUCAGUCACAAUGGUCCUGAAGCUAUGGUCUCACACACAAUCUUUCCUGUUCCCAGAGCUAUGCAUGUACAUACUGCAUGGUCCCCCUCUCUAACACACACACACCCGCACGUACACACACCUUUCUAGAACAGGUCUUUGCAUGGCUGUGUCCCUGGCCUGUCUGUGAAUAAGCCCCCUCUCUCUCUCUGCAGUGUGUGACUGACUGUGGUUUCCAAUAGGUCAACGCUACUGGCAGGCAGCAUUCUGCUGGGCUUGUGCUUUCAUCAGCUACAAACACUCUGCUAUUAUACUGUAUUAUACUGGCCCAGACUAUAACAUUAGGAGUCACACCACCACAAUGACACCUUUGGGAAAUGCCAACCAUCAGGGAUGAUACUGGGACAGGGAGGGAUGACUAGUUCCAGGUGAACACAUUUUUGCUGUGUUCUCUCUACACAAUCAUUGGAGAUCAUGGAUGACGUUGGACUACCACUAGAGGCCGUCUAGAUCGAGAAUAUAUUGGAUCUCCCUUGAACGAGCCUCCUGAGCCAGUCUGAAAUGAAUAGACAUUAUUGUUGAGCGUAAAGCAAACUAACACCUAGCUAACCUACAUCACCGACAGCCUCUACCCACUGCUGCACCUCUCUCUCCGUCUCUCUCUCUCUACAAUCUCUCUCUCUCUCUCCACAAUCUCUCUCUCCACAAUCUCUCUCUCCACAAUCUCUUCCAGCACUUUCCUCCUGCUGCAUGUCUGAUUGGCUACCCUGCUAACUGGUGUCCAAUCCUGUUCCUGUAAUACGCCCUAUCGUCCUGUCUGUGUGGUGCACCGCUCUGUGUCAUCGCUCCUGCUCUCCCCAAAGAGGUGGUUCAAUAAUUAGUAGAGUUAACUUUCAUAUUUGCCUGUGAGAAAGAGCUUUGGAUGUCAUUUGUAAAAAGUAUACCCCCUCCCCACUGCACAACACUGAUUCAAACAGCUCCUAGUUAAAGUGCUUUUUAGUCCAGGACUACUCUAGGUUUAGGCUAAUCUGUGUCUGAGAAACCAGCCUGUAGAUUUGACAAUAUUCUCCCUCACUGCUCCUCACUUGGUCAUGAGGUUACAUCAUCAUGCCAAUGUUCAGUAGUUCCCACCAGUUUAGAGACCUCCCCUGUUUCUUAUUACCCUUAUUACAAGCAUGUAUACUAGGCCCAGACCUAUAGGGUGUCCUUUGUACAUAGUUCAGUCUAGCUGUGUACCUGUGUCCAGAUUGAGGUUAACCAAUGGAACCUCCCAUUGAACAAUCCCAUUGGUCCGCUCCAAUCUGUCAACCUUGUUUCUCACGUAGGCUCACUCUACUCUACCCUUCGUCGUGGAUUGUGUUUUGUUGCUGGUGCUGGUGUUGGGGCUGUGGUGCUGUACUGGUGUUUCAUUGCUGGUGUUGCGGCUGUUGUGGUGCUAUGUGAAUGGUCCGGUGACUGUGGGCUUCUGCAGGGGUAAUUGCUGCAGUGUUGUCUUCUCUGUGUGGUGUGCUUAAGGUGUUGAUGGUGUGUCUCUCUCUUUCCCUUGUCAUCUGUUUGUUUUUGUCCUCCCCACCCUCUCCCCUGCAUACCCCCUCCCUGGGUGUCUGUGCCUCACCCCGCCCCAGCUCUCUCCCUCCCCUUCCUCACUCACCCCCUUGUCCACGCCCCCCGCCCCCUCGCCCGCUAACGGACCCCCCUCCCCCAAGUUCGGCCGGGACCCCUUGUCGUACUGUUUGAAGGAGAUCAAUAAGACAGUCAAACCCAGAAUAUCCUCCUUCCGGACCCUCGGGCGAUCGGUGAGUCAUCAGGGUCAGGGGCCGCAACGUCUCCUCACAAAGGCCUCCGCCCAACCUGUUUGGUGGAUCAACCUGUUCUGUCUUAUUGUUCCAGGAAAUGACUGAAUUCGUCCAAUCAAAACGACUAAUUUAAUGAGCAAAAUGUUUCAGGUGUUCCCUCCAAAAGAGUGCAGACCGUAUCUGAUCGAAACCCUCUGUUCUUAUUUGUAGAUAAAACAACAUAAUACCUGCAACAUAAUACCUGCAAUGAUCUCUGUCAUGUUGACCUUUCAGAGUGGAAAGACAGAAUCUUUGAAGGUGUCAUACACUGAAUAUACCAAACAUUAAGAACACCUUCCUAAUAUUGAAUAUUGAGAACAGCCUCAAUUUGUCGGGACAUAGACUCUGCAAGGUGUUGAAAGCAUUCCACAGGGAUGCUGGCCCAUGUUGACUCCAAUGCUUCCCACAGUUGUGUUAAGUUGGCUGGAUGUCCUUUGGGUGGUGGACUGUUCUUAAUACACAAAGGAAACUGUUGAGUGUGAAAAACCCAGCAGUGUUGCAGUUUUUGACACAAACCAGUGCGCCUGGCACCUACUACCAUACCCCGUUCAAAAGCACUUAAAUAUUUUGUCUUGCCCAUUCACCCUCUGAAUGUCACACAUACACAAUCCAUGUCUCAAGGCUUAAAAAUCUUUAUUUAACCUAAGAGCAGUUCUUAAUGUUUUGUAUACUCAGUAAAAAAAAAAAUAUAUAUAUAUAUAUAUAUCAUACAUACACAGUGGGGAAAAAAAGUAUUUAGUCAGCCACCAAUUGUGCAAGUUCUCCCACUUAAAAAGAUGAGAGAGGCCUGUAAUUUUCAUCAUAGGUACACAUCAACUAUGACAGACAAAAUGAGAAAAAAAAAUCCAGAAAAUCACAUUGUAGGAUUUUUUAUGAAUUUAUUUGCAAAUUAUGGUGGAAAAUAAGUAUUUGGUCAAUAACAAAAGUUUCUCAAUACUUUGUUAUAUACCCUUUGUUGGCAAUGACACAGGUCAAACGUUUUCUGUAAGUCUUCACAAGGUUUUCACACACUGUUGCUGGUAUUUUGGCCCAUUCCUCCAUGCAGAUCUCCUCUAGAGCAGUGAUGUUUUGGGGCUGUCGCUGGGCAACACGGACUUUCAACUCCCUCCAAAGAUUUUCUAUGGGGUUGAGAUCUGGAGACUGGCUAGGCCACUCCAGGACCUUGAAAUGCUUCUUACGAAGCCACUCCUUCGUUGCCCGGGCGGUGUGUUUGGGAUCAUUGUCAUGCUGAAAGACCCAGCCACGUUUCAUCUUCAUUGCCCUUGCUGAUGGAAGGAGGUUUUCACUCAAAAUCUCACGAUACAUGGCCCCAUUCAUUCUUUCCUUUACACGGAUCAGUCGUCCUGGUUCCUUUGCAGAAAAACAGCCCCAAAGCAUGAUGUUUCCACCCCCAUGCUUCACAGUAGGUAUGGUGUUCUUUGGAUGCAACUCAGCAUUCUUUGUCCUCCAAACACGACGAGUUGAGUUUUUACCAAAAAGUUCUAUUUUGGUUUCAUCUGACCAUAUGACAUUCUCCCAAUCCUCUUCUGGAUCAUCCAAAUGCACUCUAGCAAACUUCAGACGGGCCUGGACAUGUACUGGCUUAAGCAGGGGGACACGUCUGGCACUGCAGGAUUUGAGUCCCUGGCGGCGUAGUGUCUUACUGAUGGUAGGCUUUGUUACUUUGGUCCCAGCUCUCUGCAGGUCAUUCACUAGGUCCCCCCGUGUGGUUCUGGGAUUUUUGCUCACCGUUCUUGUGAUCCUUUUGACCCCACGGGGUGAGAUCUUGCGUGGAGCCCCAGAUCGAGGGAGAUUAUCAGUGGUCUUGUAUGUCUUCCAUUUCCUAAUAAUUGCUCCCACAGUUGAUUUCUUCAAACCAAGCUGCUUACCUAUUGCAGAUUCAGUCUUCCCAGCCUGGUGCAGGUCUACAAUUUUGUUUCUGGUGUCCUUUGACAGCUCUUUGGUCUUGGCCAUAGUGGAGUUUGGAGUGUGACUGUUUGAGGUUGUGGACAGGUGUCUUUUAUACUGAUAACAAGUUCAAACAGGUGCCAUUAAUACAGGUAACGAGUGGAGGACAGAGGAGCCUCUUAAAGAAGAAGUUGCAGGUCUGUGAGAGGCAGAAAUCUUGCUUGUUUGUAGGUGACCAAAUACUUAUUUUCCACCAUAAUUAGCAAAUAAAUUCAUAAAAAAUCCUACAAUGUGAUUUUCUGGAUUUGUUUUCUUCUCAAUUUGUCUGUCAUAGUUGACGUGUACCUAUGAUGAAAAUUAUAGGCCUCUCUCAUCUUUUUAAGUGGGAGAACUUGCACAAUUGGUGGCUGACUAAAUACUUUUUUCCCCCACUGUGUGUGUGUGUGUAUAUAUAUAUAUAUAUAUAUAUAUAUAUAUAUAUAUAUAUAUAUAUAUAUAUAUAUGUGUGUGUAUAUAUAUGUGUGUGUAUAUGUAUGUAUACACACACACGAGCUGUCUGUCUGUUUCUCUCUCCCUCAGAGGCUCACUCCAGAGAGGAUCAUAGUAAUGGUAAUACUAGAGUGGUGUCUGUGUGGGGUGUUAAAGGGUGUCACAGCUUCUCACAUCGACGGGGAAUCUCACACAUGACCACCUCUCCAUCAGUACAAUUGGACAAGCAUCUUGGUCUCAAACGUCACACUAAAGUCUGCUUGUUUACACUCUCAAAUCAAUGCUGGAAUGUUCACGCUCUAGUUUAGAUGCACAUGAACUGGAACACAGCCAGAUUCACAUUCAAGAUUUGUUGCAAAGCAGAGGGCUGAAAAAAUGACAACACUUAAUAACUCAAGUCACUUCAGCAAUGGGAAACAUGAUCUAAUUUGUAUCAUUUGACAGAUAUUUUGGCUUCAGUUUACCUCCAUUGUUUCACAGUUUACUGGUCUGUCACUAUGAUAAAAACCUCCUUAAACUUUCACUACAAACCCAAUGGAAGAGUUCCUAAAAACAGGUUAUCUUAUUAGGGUGGGUGUGCUGCCAAUGGGAUGGUAUUGGGAAUUAUUAUAUGGGUGAAAUGGUGGUGGUCUUGGGUUCAGCUCACUGUGUAAAAACAAAGCAUAUCUGUUUGUUCACUCUAAAGCAAAAACAAAUGUCACUACUAGAGGUGAAAUAUGGUUUCUUGUCAUAAACUGUUUCCCUUGAGCUGAACCAUAACCACAGACCGCCAUUUCCUCUAGAGGUGGUUGUGUGUUCCUCUCCUACCACAUGCCAUGAUGAUGGAGAACUUGUGUGUGUUGAGUGUUAAAGUGACUGCCCCUCCCUGUGUGUUUUCUCAGCCCACAGUGACAGAGGACUUUGGCCAUCUCCCCCCCGAGCAGCGCAGGAAGAGGUUACAACAGAAACUAGACGACAUUGGCAAGGAGCUGCAGAAGGAAGUGGACCAGAGGUGUGUGGUGGUUUGACUGACUGCUUUGACAACCAUCUCUGUGACUACUGACAACUGCUCCCAACAUAGUAUUCCUGUGUGUGUUGUUUACCAAUUACUGCACUCCACAGGGGAUGCCUUUCCACAGAGAAUCAAUCCACCCCUCAUCUCCUCCUCCUCUCUCUCUCUGUGUGUCUCUCACCCAUGUCUCUCCAGUGAGGCCCUGGGGAAGAUGAAGGAUGUGUAUGAGAAGAACCCCCAGAUGGGAGACCCUGCCAGUCUGUCUACCCAGAUCAACCAAACAGCCCAGAACAUGGAGAGACUGAGAGGAGAGCUCAACAAGUAUGAGGUAAUGGACUCCCCUCUACUGGCCACAGUCAUGUACCGCAUGCUAUGUUCCCAUAUGCAAGCUAGAAUACAUAUUGUUUGUUACCUCUUCACAUAGUUCUUUGUAAACACAGACCUCAUGUUUUCCUUAAUUUAGUAUACUAACCUGUCCCUCUCUUGUACUUGGUCUCACUCACAAUCUGUCACAAGCACAAACUAUAGGAAACAAUCGUAUAUUUCCUCCGUGCUUUGUUUCGUAGUCAUGGUUGACAGAGGCAGGAAGGCGAGGGGAUACGAUGCUCAGGAGAGAUACGUUACGAGAGGAUACGUUGAGCUACAGGUCUCACUCCUUCAACGACAACGGCAGCACUCACGAACCAUACAGGUUAGAAACGACGCUGAGACUUCACUCAUGGCUGUCAGUGAAUGUACUGAAGUCAUAUGUAUAUUUAUUCUACAUUAUAGUCAUUUAGCAGACGCUCUUAUCCAGAGCGACUUACAGUUAGAGUGCAUAAUUUUUUUUUCUUUCAUACUGGUCCCCCGUGGGAAUCGAACCCACAACCCUGGCAUUGCAAGCGCCAUGCUCUACCAACUGAGCUACACGGGACUAAAUUAAGCAUAUGUGUUUCUCCCUCCAGCCCUGACGGAGCCCACACUGAUGAAGGCACCCCAGACUCCUCUCAGGCCAUCUACGCCGAGUUUGACGACGACUUUGAGGAGGAGGAGGAGGAGGAGGAGGAGGAGCUUGUCGCUCCCAUCGGCCAAUGUACAGCCAUGUACAACUUCCCAGGUAGGUGUGGAUGGGUCACAAUGACAAUGUGCUCAACACUAUUAUGGUAUCACACACAUGGCUAUAGUCUAACAUGCUGUCAUGUCCCUGCUAGGUGCCAGUGAGGGGACCAUCGCCAUGCAGGAGGGGGAGGUGUUGUCUGUAGUGGAGGAGGAUAAAGGGGACGGUUGGACCAGGGUCCGCAGGGCCAAUGGGAACGAGGGCUACAUUCCAACAUCCUACGUCAGCAUCAGCCUCAGCAAGUGACCCGACACCCAUCCCACCCACACGAGGCCUGAGGGAACGGCCAAUCAUCACUGAUGAUGAUUCCAAAAUACUGUGGCAGCUCUCUCAUGGGACCAAUCCGAAAGAGAUAAAAGCACUGUGGGUGGGACCAUCUGGGUGUCCGUAAGGAGGCCAAUUGAGUCGCUUUGAUUUCCUCAAUGAGAUGCGCACCCAUGAUUUCUUUCCCCUGCUGGCCAGAGAAGAUGCAAUCAAUCGUGCUUUUGGUUCCUCCUGGCUUGCAAGGCUGUACUAGGUCACUAUACUUACCACAAGCCACACAUUUUCAAAUCAAAUCAAAUUUUA